AAUCAUGAAACCGGAAAAACCAAGAAGAAAAGGAUAAGAAAAAAGGUGUAAGAACUAUGAAGACAAUUACACUUUGUUGUGUCAUACCAUGUGCUGCUUAAUCAUUCCAUUCGAACAAUAGUAUGAGAGAAACACUAACUGCUGUCUUCCUUAAUUUCAACUCAACUUGUUAUAAUAUUAGUUACUUGUACUUGUUAUAAUUAUAGUUACUAAGUAAGUAGUUAGUGCUAGUGUUUUAUAGAAGAUAAAGUUGAUGAAUAUGGAUCAAGUGCUGCUGGUAAGUGUGAACAAGGAAAGUAAGAUUUGUAAAUGGGAUGGAUUUAUGGAAGAGAUGAAGAAGAUGAGCUGCAUAGCCAUGCCCAUGGUGCUUGUAACUGUUUCGCAGAACCUCUUACGUGUCAUUUCCAUGAUGAUGGUGGGCCAUCUCGGUGAACUCUCACUCUCCGGCGCUGCUGUGGCCACUUCUCUCACUAAUGUCACCGGCUUUAGCCUUAUGUUUGGACUGGCUAGCGCGCUGGAGACGUUGUGUGGACAAGCUUAUGGUGCAGAGCAAUACAAAAGGCUUGGAAUUUAUACUUAUGGUGCUAUUAUCUCUCUCCUUGUACUUUGUAUACCAGUAUCUUUUUUAUGGCUCUACAUGGAUGAAUUCCUUGUAUUGAUUGGCCAAGACCCUUUAAUCUCACAUGAAGCUAGCAUAUACGCAAUGUGGCUGAUUCCUACGCUGUUCCCCUAUGCUAUACUUCAACUACUUGUUCGCUACUUGCAAUCGCAGAGUUUGAUCCUUCCGAUGGUCUUAAGCUCAAUUGCGGCUCUUAUAUUACACAUACCUCUUUGUUGGGCAUUAGUGUUUAAGUUUAAUUUGGGAAGCAGUGGGGCAGCUUUAUCCCUUGGUUUUUCAUAUUGGUUGAAUGUAAUUUUGCUUGGAAUUUAUGUGAAAUACUCGUCGUCCUGUGAAAAGACUCGUGUCUCCUUCUCAAGUGAUGUUUUUUUGAAUAUCAGGGAGUUUUUUCGCUUUGCUAUCCCUUCUGCUGUCAUGGUCUGUCUAGAGUGGUGGUCGUUCGAGCUAAUAAUACUGCUUGCUGGAAAAUUGGCAAAUCCCCAACUUGAGACUUCAGUUCUUUCAAUAUGCUUUACGGUGACUGCACUGCACUAUUAUAUACCAUAUUCUUUCGGGGCUGCUGCCAGUACUCGAGUAUCUAAUGCACUAGGCGCUGGUAAUCCAAAUGCAGCUCAACUAGCUACGAUGACAGUAAUGGUUCUUGGAGCAGCAGAAGUUAUUAUUGCGGUUUCAUUUCUUUACUGCUGCCGAGAUGUUCUUGGAUAUGCAUUUGGCUAUGAAAAGGAAGUCAUAGACUAUGUCAAAGAUAUGACCCCAAUUAUUUGUCUUUCCAUGAUAAUGGACAGCUUACAAGCUGUAGUUUCAGGGAUUGCUAGAGGAACAGGAUGGCAACAUAUCGGGGCCUAUGUAAAUCUCGGAGCAUAUUAUCUGGUUGGGAUUCCAGUAGCCCUGAUAUCUGGUUUUGUUCUGCAUUUGGGAGGAAAGGGCCUUUGGUCAGGUUUUCUUGGAGGAGCCCUGGUGCAAUGUGUUAUGCUUUCUGUCAUAACAAGCUGCACAGAUUGGCAAAAACAGGCAAGAAAGGCGAGGGAAAGGAUAUUUGAGGAUGAAUUCAAAUACGGUCAACUUUCCACUAGCUUACCUUUGUAACUACUAUUUACACGAUACAUUAGCCUCGUCUCACCAAGAUUCCCCUCUGUGAAUGCAGUACUUGUUCAAUAACUGCUUUUAAACGGAACAUUGCAAAACAGAGAUUUUUGAAACAAAAUCGUGAUAACUGAGAAGACUUGUAACAAUUGCAUAUGGAAUACAAGAAUUUCUCCGGCAGCACGGGCCAAGAGUCUUUGCUUACUGAACAUGAAAGCUCUGAUUCUGAAAGCUGGUUCGAAUUUUAGUUAUUUUUAACCUUUUAAGAUACUACCAUCAAAUUGCCGAAACGUUGUAAAUGUUAAAGCCUUCUUGAUGACAAUGAUGAUCACAUAGAGAAAGAAUUAGCUAAAGAGAGGAUAACUUGUAUUGAAAAAAUAAUAGAAGCAACUCGUUUUCUACU